CCCCUCUCCACCCGGUGCUGCCAGCACUCUUCCAGCCCAGCCGGCCACAUCUGGCGUCUGCCCGCCCUUGUUUCCGCUGCAUCCAGACUUCCCUGGUGGCUGGAGGCUCUGUGUGCAUCCAGGAGUUUAGAUAUACAAAGGGAUUGCCAGGACCUGCAAGCACCCGCGGCAGUGGUGUGUAUUGGGACGUGGGACCCCGUUAUGAGCUCCUGAGCCCCGAGAAGCAGAGGCAGUAGAGUAAGGGGAUCGCCGUGCAGGGCAGGCGCCAGCCGGGCGGACCCCAGGGCACAGCCAGAGACCUCAGGGUGACACGCGGAGCCCGGGAGCGCAACGAUGGAGGCACGAGUGGCCUGGGGAGCGCUGGCCGGACCUCUGCGGGUUCUCUGCGUCCUGUGCUGCCUGUUGGGCCGCGCCAUCGCUGCACCAUCGCCCAUCAUCAAGUUCCCCGGCGAUGUCGCCCCUAAAACAGACAAAGAGUUGGCAGUGCAAUACCUGAACACUUUCUAUGGCUGCCCCAAGGAGAGUUGCAACCUCUUUGUGCUGAAAGAUACCCUCAAGAAGAUGCAGAAGUUCUUUGGGCUGCCCCAGACAGGUGACCUUGACCAGAACACCAUCGAGACCAUGCGGAAGCCAAGAUGUGGCAACCCAGAUGUGGCCAACUACAACUUCUUCCCCCGCAAGCCCAAGUGGGACAAGAACCAGAUCACAUACAGGAUCAUUGGUUACACACCUGACCUGGACCCUGAAACCGUGGAUGAUGCUUUUGCUCGGGCCUUAAAAGUAUGGAGCGACGUCACUCCGCUGCGCUUUUCUCGAAUCCAUGAUGGGGAGGCUGACAUCAUGAUCAACUUUGGACGCUGGGAGCAUGGAGAUGGAUACCCAUUUGAUGGCAAGGAUGGACUCCUGGCACAUGCCUUUGCCCCGGGCACUGGUGUUGGGGGAGAUUCUCACUUUGAUGAUGAUGAGCUGUGGACCCUGGGAGAAGGACAAGUGGUCCGCGUAAAGUAUGGGAACGCUGAUGGCGAGUACUGCAAGUUCCCCUUCCUGUUCAACGGUCGGGAAUACAGCAGCUGUACAGACACUGGUCGCAGUGAUGGCUUCCUCUGGUGCUCCACCACAUACAACUUUGAGAAGGAUGGCAAGUAUGGCUUCUGCCCCCAUGAAGAUCCAACCCAUGGCCUCACACACGGUAGAGCUGAUCUCCUCCACCACAGACUUCUAUCCUCAGCCUUGUUUAUGCUUUUAUCACGGAAGCUAAACUUUGUAGUAAGACUCAAGCUACUGACGAUUACCUUGUUUACCAUGGGUGGCAAUGCAGAUGGACAGCCCUGCAAGUUCCCGUUCCGCUUCCAGGGCACCUCCUACAACAGCUGUACCACCGAGGGCCGCACCGAUGGCUACCGCUGGUGUGGCACCACCGAGGACUAUGACCGGGAUAAGAAGUAUGGAUUCUGUCCCGAGACCGCUAUGUCCACUGUGGGUGGAAAUUCAGAAGGUGCCCCAUGUGUCUUCCCCUUCACUUUCCUGGGCAACAAGUAUGAGAGCUGCACCAGCGCCGGCCGCAACGAUGGCAAGGUGUGGUGUGCGACCACAACCAACUACGAUGAUGACCGGAAGUGGGGCUUCUGUCCUGACCAAGGAUAUAGCCUAUUCCUCGUGGCAGCCCAUGAGUUCGGCCAUGCCAUGGGGCUGGAACACUCUCAGGACCCUGGAGCUCUGAUGGCCCCGAUCUACACCUACACCAAGAACUUCCGAUUAUCCCAUGAUGACAUCAAGGGGAUCCAGGAGCUCUAUGGGCCCUCCCCCGAUGCUGAUACUGACACUGGUACUGGCCCCACACCAACACUGGGACCUGUCACUCCGGAGAUCUGCAAACAGGACAUUGUCUUUGAUGGCAUCGCUCAGAUCCGUGGUGAGAUCUUCUUCUUCAAGGACCGGUUUAUUUGGCGGACAGUGACACCACGUGACAAGCCCACAGGUCCCUUGCUGGUGGCCACAUUCUGGCCUGAGCUCCCAGAAAAGAUUGACGCUGUGUAUGAGGCCCCACAGGAGGAGAAGGCUGUGUUCUUCGCAGGGAAUGAGUACUGGGUCUAUUCUGCUAGUACUCUGGAGCGAGGAUACCCCAAGCCACUGACCAGCCUGGGGUUGCCCCCUGAUGUCCAGCAAGUAGAUGCUGCCUUUAACUGGAGUAAGAACAAGAAGACAUACAUCUUUGCAGGAGACAAGUUCUGGAGAUACAAUGAAGUGAAGAAGAAAAUGGACCCCGGUUUCCCUAAGCUCAUCGCAGACUCCUGGAAUGCCAUCCCUGAUAACCUGGAUGCCGUCGUGGACCUGCAGGGUGGUGGUCAUAGCUACUUCUUCAAGGGUGCUUAUUACCUGAAGCUGGAGAACCAAAGUCUCAAGAGCGUGAAGUUUGGAAGCAUCAAAUCAGACUGGCUGGGCUGCUGAGCUGGCCCUGUUCCCACGGGCCCUAUCAUCUUCAUCGCUGCACACCAGGUGAAGGAUGUGAAGCAGCCUGGCGGCUCUGUCCUCCUCUGUAGUUAACCAGCCUUCUCCUUCACCUGGUGACUUCAGAUUUAAGAGGGUGGCUUCUUUUUGUGCCCAAAGAAAGGUGCUGACUGUACCCUCCCGGGUGCUGCUUCUCCUUCCUGCCCACCCUAGGGGAUGCUUGGAUAUUUGCAAUGCAGCCCUCCUCUGGGCUGCCCUGGUGCUCCACUCUUCUGGUUCUUCAACAUCUAUGACCUUUUUAUGGCUUUCAGCACUCUCAGAGUUAAUAGAGACUGGCUUAGGAGGGCACUGGUGGCCCUGUUAACAGCCUGGCAUGGGGCAGUGGGGUACAGGUGUGCCAAGGUGGAAAUCAGAGACACCUGGUUUCACCCUUUCUGCUGCCCAGACACCUGCACCACCUUAACUGUUGCUUUUGUAUGCCCUUCGCUCGUUUCCUUCAACCUUUUCAGUUUUCCACUCCACUGCAUUUCCUGCCCAAAGGACUCGGGUUGUCUGACAUCGCUGCAUGAUGCAUCUCAGCCCGCCUAGUGAUGGUUCCCCUCCUCACUCUGUGCAGAUCAUGCCCAGUCACUUCCUCCACUGGAUGGAGGAGAACCAAGUCAGUGGCUUCCUGCUCAGCCUUCUUGCUUCUCCCUUUAACAGUUCCCCAUGGGAAAUGGCAAACAAGUAUAAAUAAAGACACCCAUUGAGUGACA